AUUGGAUGUAUUUAUUUAUGACGAGCCUUCUCCAGCUUCUUCAUGCAAGAAAUCUAUACGUUCUACUAUUUUACUGCCACAUUUAUACGCGUCGAAAGGUGUAACACCGCCCAUGAAUAUCGAUACUUGAAUAAAAUUGCAGCGAACUCUCUAACCAGCUUUGAUUUAAUAAAAUUCUAAAUUCUAGAAAUAAUCUACCAUUUAUUUAUUCUACAGCUGAUUAUCUGCUAUCUGACACUCUCGCAUACUUCCAGAAACAUCUCAGUCCAACCUGGCAAAGCGUAAAAAAGAGCUGUUGAGGUACCUGAAGCCGUUCAAACGACCCGAACAACCGCAGCGGAAAGUUUCGGUUGAAGGAUUUUCCUUUCCAGUGUACACUUCGGACGAGGUGGAACGACUAGAGGAAGCUGUCCGCUCAUCCAGAAAUAUACGCCGCCAGUACGUAGCCUAUCUGGCCGAGCGGAAACCUCGCCACAUGGACAUUGUGGAAUGUUUCGGAAAGUUCUUCACCGAUGAAGCGAUGGCUCCGUAUGCGUGGAAUGGCUACAAGAAUCCAAAGUUUCCACGCAAGGCAAUGAAAACUAUGGACAUCUUCUCCUACUGUAUGCUUGAGGCUUGGCAACGACACGGAGUUACGUCGAUGGACAUCCUCUCGGACAUCAUGACCAAGGUGAUCACGAAGAUUGCCGGUCGUCGGCGGUCCAACAAUUAUAACCAACGGAAGCGCAUCCAGCAGUUUUGUGACAAACAUAAUGAAUAAAUGCUCAAUUGAUUGUUUGAAUAUUUGUGUUUUUAUAAUUUUUACAGUUGCUAUGUUAAAAAAUAGGAAAAUGUUGUGCAUAUUAAUUCAAAACCGUUUCGUUCCAGAUGUGGUAGUUAUCAAGGAGGACUUGCACGAGGCUUCUUCCACGGGUGUGACCGGGUUCAGCUUUCCAUUGUUCUGCGAGGAAGACGUUGAUCGACUCGAGGCUGCAAUCAAGAUGGAUCCUAUGGUUCGCCGGCAACAUAUAAGACAUUUGAAAUCCCUAGGAGAGUACCAACCCAGCUUAUUUGCAAAGUAUGUGAGUGAACUAUUCAGUGAUCUCUCGCUUUACAACUACUGUGUUACAAUAGACGAGGAUGGACAUACUAAUAAGAAGGAUAUGAUUGGAUACGACAUUUUCACGCACUGUUUGCUUGAAGCCUGGGUGCCACAAGGUCUGACGAUUUCCAAACUGACCGAGCUAUUGAAAUCGGUGACAACUAGCCUCAGCGAGAGACGACAAUUGUCCAACCGGAACCGCCGAAAACGAUCGGAACUCAUUCAGAAGUGGCUCCUAAAGGAAAAUCAAAACCAGAAAUCUUAAAAUUGCAGUGCUCAAUAAAAGUUUGUGAAAAGAAUGAAUUAUUUUAAAUUUUUAUUCUCUCUGACAUGCAGUACUAGAAUACUGGAUCAGAAACCUAAUAACGCAAAUAAUUUUAACGUUACAGUGAAAGGUCCACCCACUGGAGCUACGUCACAUAAGGAUUUUGAACAAUUGAAGCUAGAACUGGCGCAACUGGAUGUUCUUUUUAGUCAACGCCGGGAGACAAAAAGUAACGCAAGUGGACGGUCGAUGGUGGAUGGUUUUGUGUUUCCACUGACAACGGAAGCCGAUGUGGAAAGGCUGGAAGCGGCAGUGGACUCGAGUGCCACCAUAAAGAGACAAUAUAUUCAACUGUUAAAAGCCAAAAAACCGAAACAUAUAGAUCUGGUGGAUUGUUUCCCAAUGCUUUUUGAUUCAAGCUCUGUGGAAGCCUAUACCUGGAGUGGAUGUCGGAUAUCAAAAUUUCCAAAGAAAGCGAUGAAAAAUUACUCUAUUUUCAACGGAUGCAUGCUAGCUGCUUGGGAAUCACAAGAAAUGGACAUCAAAAUGCUGGAGGAGAACAUCAAACAAGCUAUUCAUCGCAUUCGACGGCGCCGGUUGGCAAAAAUUUUAUACGAUAAGAAAAAAUCCACCUCUGAAAUGUGAUUAGAUGUCGAAUAAAAUCCAUUAAAAUGCAAUGCAAUGUGUCUCGCAUUUGAAUGAUAAUUGAACUUGAAUCAGGGAUCACCUAACCUCGUUCAUUGUCAUUUACAGAUGUAUUCUAUAUAGCUGUCGACCGUAGUCUUAGCACCAAAAAGGGGGAAAUCCGGUUGAAUAGGCGAUCGUGCAAAUUUGUAGUAAAUGAUGACGACGAAUCGAACGAUGAAGCGGAAAAUCCUAUGUUCCGGUCCGUGCCUGGGUUCAGAUUUCCGCUGAAAACAUCCGAAGAUAUUGAAGAUCUCGAACGCAGCGUUCGCGCAAGCGCCACCAUUCGACGACAAUAUAUUGAACUGCUACGGAAAGCACGUCGACUGGUCGAGAAACCAUCGUUCGCCUUCCUGAAGCUGUUCAGCGACGCGUCACUGCUGGACUACAACUACAGCGGGCGAUGCAACUUUUCCGGAACACAGAAAAAAGCAAUGAAGGAUUACAAAAUCUUCGCUGAGUGCAUUGUUGAAGCUUGGGGUGGGGAAUCCUACUCGAUAGAAGAGCUUCGACAGUAUUUAUGCAAUGCGAUCACGUUGGUUAACAAUAGAAAACGAGGGGCUCGCUUCCGCAAGAACCAGCGAAGUACUAGAGGAGACAAGAAAUGACCCCGCGGAUGAAAACUGUGCUGGGCAAGCGAUCGAAAAUGAUACAUAAUGCUCGCAUCUGUUAAACUGAUGCUUAUUUGAGAAAUAAAAACUUAUUAAUAUUAUUGUGUAACGAAUGGUUUAGUGGAAGAGCAAUUUUUCAAAUAUCAAUCAAAACGUACAAGAAUUCUUCCAAAUUUGAAUCGAUAUUUUCUUUUAUAAUGUGACUGUACAAAAUCUAGUACUACACAUUUUUGUUAAGGCUCAAUUAAACUCAUACAAUUAUUUCAAUUUUUGCCACGAAGUUUAAAUCACUGCCCUAUUAGAUUGCAUCGCAGUUGAUUUGCUCAAAAAUCGAAAUAAUAAUAAAUUCAACUCUUUUCAGCAUGGCGUUUGCGCCUCAAAAACCCAAAUAUCAGCCGCAGCGAUACCAAGGCACUGUUGGCCGCAGCUAUGGAGCACACUGGUGUACCGGGAUUCCGGUUUCCGAUCCGAUCUGAGGGCGAAAUCGAACGGCUAGAAGUUGCCGUCCGUAGUGACAUGUACAAAUGGGACAAUUAUAUUGCAUUCCUGCGAGAUUUGAGGGCCAAUGAUCUCCACACACCAAUACGGUGCAUUUUUCAGUCGGUGUUCUACGACGAAGCUCUAGUCAACUAUAACUAUAAUGGAAUUAGCACUGCGCCAGGCGUUCAUAAGCGACCAAUGAAAAGCUACGCCAUCUUUAGGGAUUGCUUCGCUGUGGCCUGGCGAGAAUUUGGAAUCACCGACGAUAUGAUUCGUGCCAUGUUGACAGAAAUUAUUAAAAAUAUCAACAGACGAAAACGAAAUCGACAGUAUAAAAAUCGGAUACAGAAGAAAAAGAGGCUACAAAACUCGUUUGGCACAAACACCAUCUCGAACGUCCGUUGGAUUGUAAAGCCAAAAAAGAAAUCUGCCCCUAGUGCAGCGCAGCGCAGGUCCUCCGAACAUGUCCGUCAGCCGGAUUCGAGAAUAGUCUCCAAAGUAGCUGAAAGCAUUCCAGAUUUCCGAUUUCCCAUUGAAUCUGACAACGAUAUUGAGCGCUUGGAAGAAACCGUCCGCAGCUGUACUCUUACACGUAGAAGAUACAUCGAUUGCCUUCGGCAGAUUAAGGACUCGAGUGAAAAUGCGUCUAUCGAAAGCAUCUUCAAGAUGUUCUUUUAUGACGAAAGCCUCACCAAGUACAAUUAUAAUGGAUUCAGCAACAGUUGUCGAGCCAAAAAACGGGCGAUGAAGAACUACGACAUUUUCACUAACUGCUUCUUGGAAGCCUGGAUGGAUUACGGAGUUACGAAAGAUGAGGUUCGUCUAAUGUUGUGCAAGGUGAUUCGCAACGUACACGGUCGUAAUAGAUUUCGUCGCUAUAAAAACCGGAAGCGAGAGCAGGAAAUGAAGGAAGAUUGUAUUUAUUUGGAGGAAGAUGAUUUGUAAUAAAGAUUACCGAUACAGUU